AUGUGUGUCGUGUGGCGUCCGGAGGGGGGAAGUGUCCGCUUUAUCGACCGUGUCUACGACCAGGUACUGCCUGACGCAGAACAGUCGCUCUUACGGAACGGGAUCGACCACAUUGGCGUCGGGUUCGACUUGCAGUUCACCCCUUGCUCUGGCGGAAGUAAUCGACAGCGGACUCGGAUCUUCGCACAUGCGUACGCAUCGGACAAACCCACUCGAGCGUUUUCAAAGCACGUUUCGAACGACCCUGAGGCAGGUAAAACGGCUGGUCUAGCAAACUUGGCGCGUCGUCGAGCGAUGCUCAUGAACCCAGAAGCUCGAAGCGUGAUGCGGACGUUGACCGAGUCGCUGCAACGAUUUGACCGCGUCAUUCGUCGUCGUCGCUUCGGGUUCCAGUCCUUCGUCUACUUUCCAAAAGCCGACGUCGACCCGUUGUUUGAACGGUGCUGUCUGAUCUGCAACAAGACCUUCAGCUUCUUUCGUCGAGAUUUCUACUGCCAGCUCUGUGGCCACAUGGUCUGCAACAACUGCUCGGAUCUGUUCGACGUGGAGACGAAAGCUCGUAGUGUCAACGCGAACCAUUGCGUGCGAGUCGGUAUGCUUGAGGUCUAUCGCUGUCAAGUCGAGCACGUAAGCGUUCACGACAGCGCUCGAGUCCCCAUCUAG